AAGUAAAGAUCCAGCAUAAAGACGGCUGCAUUUUCUGCUCACGUUUCUUUCCAACAUGGACGUGCCAAAAUCUCUAAGGAUUGUCCUGCUGGGAAAAGCAGGGACUGGAAAGAGCAGUCUGGCCAACACCAUAUUUGGAACUACUGUGUUCACAGUGAAUCACUUUGACUCCAGCUUUUGUGUUUCUGAAAGCCAGACCAGACGAGUCAAUGGAAGAAGCCUCACUUUGAUCGACACCCCAGGUCUCAUGGCGCCCGACAGGUCAGAAGAAGACAUGAACCGUGAGAUGGUGCGGUGCUUGACUGAGUGCUCUCCUGGGCCUCAUGUGGUUCUGAUCGUGCUGAAGGUGGAGAAGUUCACGGAGCACGAGCAGGCUGUCAUCAGACAGAUUUACCAGCAUUUCUCAGAGGAGGUCCUGACUCACGCUGUGGUGGUCUUCACUCAUGGUGACCAGCUCCCUGAAAGGAUGACGAUUGAGGAGUAUGUCCGUGAGAGUGAGGAUCUGUCAGACCUGGUGCAGAGGUGUGGUGGUCGCUGCCACGUCUUUGACAACAAAUACUGGAAGACGGGCGAGCAGGACGACUACAGGAGCAACAAGUCCCAGGUUCAACAGCUGCUGAAUAACAUCGACACCAUCCUAAAGCUGAAUCACUACACCAACUCCAUGCUUAAGAAAGUGAAGGAAAAAAUACAAAAAGAAGCAGAUUGUAUUAGAAAAUCAUCGCCCAACAUGUCAGAGGAAGAGAUUUUAAAGCAGGCCAAAAUAAACACCUUCAAGAAACAUCUGGAAGGGGGAAGGAAACCAUGGCGUUGGAACUUUCUGGGCUUUGGAGUUCUUGCAGGUUUAGCUCUGAUUUUAGCGGCGUGGGUCAUUCAAAGAUAUCUGCAGGGAGAAGCUGAAAUAGCCCUGCCAGAGAUAAAAGUACCUGAAUCACCACCUGAAGACACUCUGUUGGAGUCUGCAGGGACAGCAGGACAACAGUUAGCUGAAACGGUUGUUAGCAUGCAGCCUGACGCUGGUGCAGCAGUGCAGCAGAUUGAAGGAGCCGUGGAAGGAACAGAAGAUGACUGGAUGGAAUAUUUUCUAAAGAAAGCAUUCAGAAGUUUUAACAUCUUUGACAUGGCGAUUUUCUUCAACCUUCUAAUCAGAAGACGCUUAUGUCGAGAUGUGAGCUUUCGUCAUGAAACUAUUUGCAUGAACAGAACUUCAGCUGCAAACACAGAAAGAACAGAACAGACAAAACUCUCCUCUCCCCUGAAGAGACUGCAGAGAUCUGUUUUGGUGCUCAUUUCUUUUGACAGCAUGAACGUGUCAACUUCAAGGAGGAUUGUCCUUCUGGGGAAAACUGGAUCAGGAAAAAGCAGCUUGGCUAAUACCAUCCUGGGAGAGGAUGUCUUCAAGAUAAACCACCUUCCCAUCACUGAAUCAAGUCAGACUUGUUCCCAAACCAAACAUGUCCAUGGAAGAAGCCUCACUCUCGUAGACACAUGCAGUGUUUUUGACACAAGCAUGUCUGAGGCGGUGCUGAAGGAAGAUUUGGUGAGGUGUAUCACAGAGUGCGCUCCUGGGCCUCAUGCUUUUCUCAUUGUCUUCAAAGUGGAAAAGUUCACAGAGCAGGAACAAGCAGUCUUCAAAGAGAUAUGCCAACAUUUUUCUGAGGAAGCUCUGAAAUACACCGCUGUUGUGUUCACUCAUGGAGAUCAGCUCCCAGAGGACAUGACCAUUCAGGACUUUGUUUCCAUGAAUACAGAGCUGAGGGAUCUGGUGGAGAAAUGUGGAGGCAGAUGCCACGUAGUUGAUAAUAAAUAUUGGAAACAAGGCAGAGGACAUUACAGGAGCAAUCAGUUCCAGGUGGCAGAGCUGUUGAGAACCAUUGACAGGAUAACUGAGGCAAACAAUGGGAGGUGGUACACCAAUGAGACGCUCCAAGAGGCAGAAAGACAGAUGCAGGAGGAGGAACACAAGCUGAGUCAGUCAUCUAUAAAUAUGUCACCAGAGGAAAUAACUAUCAGAGCUAAAAAUAUUGCUUACGACAAACUACUGACCAGGUUUGUUGGUGUUGCAACAGGUGCAGUGUUAGGAUUCCUUCUUGGUGUGUUUUCUACAGUUGAACCAUCAAAUUUAACAGCGAUAUCAAAGAAUGAAUCCAUGUCUCCUGCUUUGGCUGCAGCCAAGCAGGGGGCUUGGGUGGGGUGGGAUGCAGCUGAAAAAGCACAAAGUCUUCGCGAGGCUGUUUACAAAACCACGGAUGCAUUCUGGAAAAAUUCUCUUAAUCCGUUUUCGAAAAAGUAUGUGACAGGCAGGAAGCUCCUCCCACAGGUUCUUUGUUUGUGUUUGUUUUUAGCUGAUCAGAGUCAGAGCUGCAAACCUUCCAGGAGUUUCCUCUGCUGUUCUGCCACCAUGGAGGACAUCCACCAGCAUCCCGUUUUCCUGGAGAGUUCCAGACCUCUGGAAGAAGUCAGGAAGAAAGUCCAGCGCUAUUUCUGCGUGAGGCGCAGAUCUGGCGGAGGAGACUGCGGACCUCUGACCGCCGUGAGCCAAAACAUCUACAGGAUCCACUUCAGACACAGACAAGACCAGCAGGAAGUCCUGAGAAGAUCCCUGCAUGUUGUGGAGCUGGAAGAUGGUCCUGUGGAGAUCACAGUCAGAAGCAGCUUGGAGCCUCCUGCCUCUUCCGGCUGCACCACCCCAUCUUCUCCAGCAGAGAACUCCGAGGUCGUUCCUGAUGAAGAUGCUGAGCUGCACCUUUGUGAUCAACAGCCUCCGCCCCUGACAGAGAAGGGGGGGUCUUCAUCGGGGAUGUUAGCUGAAAAUUCUGGAGAAGUUAGUCAUGAGAAACCAGAGCGGGAUGAAGAUGGACCAAGAAUAGACCACGGCAUGGAUCCAGAGGCCUUCACCUCUGUGCAGGAAGAUUUCAAACACAAAGGAUCAAGGAGGAUCGUCCUGCUGGGAAAAACGGGAUCAGGAAAAAGUCACUUGGCCAACACCAUAUUUGGAGAGGAGCUCUUCACUGCAUAUCAUUCUCCACACUCUGGAACAGUUUUAUGUCAAUCUGAGACCAAAUGUAUCUACGGAGCAGACACCACUUUGGUGGACACGCCUGGUUUCUUUGACACAAAGCGAUCAGAGGAUGAAUUGAGGCCGGAGAUCAUCCGGUGUCUCACAGAGUGCUCUCCUGGGCCCCAUGCUUUUCUCAUUGUGUUUCACGUGGGCAAAUUCACUAAGCAGGAGCAGGAAGUUGUCGAUAAAAUCUGCCAGUUUUUUUCCAAUGAUGCUUUGCAGCAUGCCGUGAUUGUUUUCACUCACGGUGACCAACUGCCCCCAGAGAUGAAAAUUGAAAAGUUUGUUGCAGAGAACAAGAAUCUGAGUGAUCUGGUACAGAAGUGUGGGGGCCGCUGUCUAGUUUUUGACAACAAACACUGGAACAACACACCGCCUGAUCAAUAUAGAAGCAACCAGUUCCAGCUGCAGGCUUUGUUUGAAACCAUAGACAAAAUGGUGGCAGAUAAAAAAGGAAGCUACUACACCAAUGAGGUUUUCCAGGAAGUGGAGAAAAGGAUCCAGGCAUACGAAGGGAAAAUCAAAGGGGAAGCAGGAAACUUGACACCAGUAGAGGUCAGGGAAAGGGCUAAAGCCAAUGUGCACAAUGAUUUUCUGAUCCAGCUGACAGGGAUAGCAACAGGAGCCUUGCUGGGGGCUUUCUUUGGUUUGGCAGGCAUGGUGGUGAAGGUUAUAAAAGCUAUAAAGAACCCGUCUGAAGUCAUGAACCUAAUAAAAAAAGUUCCCAUGGUUGGUGCUGCUGUAGGAGGUGAAGUAGCUUUAGCUUCUGGGAUUGCAGUCGGCGUGACUGCAGGAGCCGUAUUCACAACAGGAGGAGUGUUGGGGGGUGUCACUGGAAGUGAAGCAGCAAAGGGAGCAAAGACACCACGAGAAGCAGCAGAGAGGGCUGCUAAGGCCGUCACUGAGAGGUUUAGAGACGCAAUAAAGUGAUGAAGACCUGGAGGCAAAGGAACUAUGAGAUGUUCCCCUCUACUCAUGUUUCUCAUUUCUCAUCCUUUUUUAGAAAGCAUUGUAGCAUCCAAUAUUUUUAACAUUUUGUGGAUUUUCUAUUUUACUUGUGUCUCAGCAUUUAAGCACAACAACAUAAUUUACAGAAAUCCUUCAAACUUGGUUCAGAACUGUUGAAUUAUUGCUUCAUUGUAUUUCCUUAAGUUUGUUUCCUUCAGGAGCUGCAAAUGUUCAGAGCAGAGAUUUGAGCCUUACUUUAGUCUGUUAAUCAAACUUUUAUGACCCUCUGGAUUACUUUUUAUUUGGAGAAGCUAAAAAUAUGUGUUUAAAAGAGAGCUACACCUUUUUGGUUCAUUUAUUGAACUGCAUACAUUUACAGGCACUUUACAGAUUGGAGUUUUAUUCAAAAGUUGCUGCACUUUGUCAUUUUAAAGCGGGAAGUUGCUGAAAAUGUCUGACAUGAAAGAAGGCCUGAUGUUUGAGCUGCGUCAUCUUGAAGUCUAACCAAGAUUAAAGCUGCACUUUCACCUGUUUCCAGCAGGAGGCUCCCUUUGAAACAUACCUACCUGUGGGAGGAAACGGGAAGUUUGCCAAGUGUAAAUAAUAAUAAUAAUAAUAUUUAAAUAAAAGCUCUGUGUUGCACAUUAUAUUAUAAAAAUCCGAAAAACAUUAUCUAGAUGUUCUAAAUCACUUUACAUGUUGAAUGUAAACUUAAGUGCCAUGUAGCAUAGCAGUGUGUACUUUAAAGCAUUUUUUUCUAAAACUGACUGUUGCUUUAUCUGAAUGGUUACAGAGCAGACAUCUGAAGUCUAAUCAGGAUUAUUUUGACGUUUCUGUACAUUGUAUAAAGAAAAGUUUGCAAAUCAAUAAGUUUUGGGAUGUUUUUGUCUGAUUUCAUUCACUGGUUAGAAAGUUUUCUACAUAUGCUGCCAAGAGUUUUAUUGUCUAUUGAUUUAUUUCCAGCAUUAAAAAUAAUUAAAAACAUCAAUAAAAAAUUAUAAAACACA